CUGACUGCUAUAGAGCGCUUUGGGAAGGGCUGUGACCAAACUCCCAACAAGUCUUUAUCAAUACAGGCCCUUAUCAAGGAGUUGAAUGCCUGUGAACGUAAUUCCUUUCUGCGGUUGUGGAUCUCUCCGACUGACAACAAAGGCACCAUCCAGGUUGUGUGCUCCCGGUCCCUCUUUGUGGUGUUUGAUGAGGUUAUACAACUCAUCAGGCUUCCUUCCGAUGUCCGUGUCAUCGAGCUCUUUGCCAAAGUGGAAAAAUUCACCUCUGGGCGAUCGCCAUUUGACGGACUCAUCGAGGGAUACGGCAAACUUCUGCUUAAGUCCAAUUAUACGACACUCCGCAUGGAGGACGAGAAGUAUCGAUUGUUUGACGCGACUCUAAGGGGCAAUGUCUCCCUUGACUGUCAAUCCAGUCAUGUUGUCGCAUGCGUCUACGGGCCCCUAUUUCAACUGGAGCUCGUUCACAUGAGCUGCUUCCCUCCGGAGUUGCCAGGCGCUAGCGAAGCCUCAAUGCCUACCUACGCGAGUGUAGGCGGGUUUCUGGUGCUGCCAAUUCUUCUGCGUACAGGAUCUUGUUUAUGGCGACAUCGAUAUCACAGUCGUCGUCAUUGUACAGUGUGGAGAAGGGUGGAGACCUACACGAAGUCUUUGCUGUUGGGGCGCCAUCUUCGUACUCCGCCGCUGCCUACGCCUCUGUUGGGAGGGUCAAAGAAUCGCCACAACGUGGUGGCUAGCACAAAGGAGGUUGGUGCACUGGAGUGCGCAAAGUUGCGCAGGACCGGAUGGCUUCUCUCUGCCCGCAGUCUUCGAUUGGAGGGGCGUAUUGCUAGUGGGAGGUACGGCGACGUCGUGAGGGGAGUGCUUCUGGCGUCCUUGUCGAGAGAGAAGCAUGAGCCUCCGCGUCCCAUUGUCGCAAAGAUGCUCAACGGUGCGGUUGGUUAUGAGUGUUGA